CCCAUAAUUAUUGUUCAGUUUGGGUGUUCAUUUUUAGUUCAAAUUGUACUAAAAAUAAAAUCUUAAACUAGACAAUAAUUUUGGGAGAAGAAGUACUAUAUAGUCAUGAUUCAUCAUUCAACAAUCACUUUGUAAACUUUUACAUUAACUUAAUAAUAGUACAAUUGAAAGGCCCAAUUCAAGAGCCAACAAAACCAAACAAAAUAAGAAAAAAAAAGCCCAAAACUACUUAAGCCCAAAAACUAAUUAAAAAAAUUUGAGGUGGCCAGCCGCCGGAGUGGAGCCGGCUCCGCCAUUCCUUCCGGCGCCUAACUGCUCAGACCAGACGUCAAUGACAUCUCCAUCUUCAAGGCCAACAUCAUUAGGAGUCUGCUGUUCAUUAACCCUUUUCCCAUCGAUAGUAAACCUGAGGGCAUCCAUCCGGAGCCCCAUACGGUUGCAGUAAACAACCAUGACUUUACCCAGUUUCACAUUCUUUUUAACCCUCAUUGUCACAUCUAUGGAAUCCAGCUUUUGCACAAUAAUUUGUACACUCCCCACUGAUUCCUCUUCCUCCUCCUCCGACUCCGCUGCUGGCAUCUCACAUUCCUUUGCCUCCCCUUUUUCUCCCUCUUUUUUCACCAUUUUCAGAUCUAAGAUACUUUUGCCAGGGGUAAUUAUUUCAUUUGGGCUCUAUUUAUUGGCCAAGAGAAACACUUUUGGUUCUCCCACAGUAAAAAGCACAUGGGUCAACAGGCAACAUCGAUUCUUGUGCAGCUGCUAACAUAAUUUAUUUAUUAACCCAUUAUUCAAAAUAUCAUCAAAAUUAUUUGUUUCCAUGAAAAAAAAUAAUGAUUGAAUGGCUUGUUUGGUAACAUCUCUUAAUGCUUAAAAUUAUUUUAUUAAAUAUUUUUUUAAAUUAGUAAAUUUGAUAACAGAAAAUGAAUCUUUUAAUGAAUUAAGUGGUACUGAAACUGCAGUACAAAAUAUAAUAAGUAAUAAAAGAUAGUUUAUUGCUUAAUGUUUCAGUAUUUUUAAUUCUAUUAAACAUUUAGAAUUAAAAAUUAAUUUUUACCAAACAGACAAACUAAUUUUAAAUACGAAAAAUUAUUAAAAGAUCAACACAAACAUUCUAGACUUCUAAAUUAAAUAAGAGUGCAUUUAUAAGGGAUGUGUGUUUCCUUUUUUUCAUGAUUUUAACUUUUUCUUGUCCCAAAUAUUAAAAAAGAAGAAAAAUACUAUAAUCAACAUCACAUCAUUUAAAUGCGGAUAAAAUUCCUUUAAAAAUCUCACAAUCAUCUAUUAUUAAGAAACACACAAUACGCACUAGACUCUUAUUCAAUUCCCCAUAUUUAGAAUCCCUUCGUACAAGGAUCACGCCGAUGAAAUGGUUUCACACCACUACCAUAUUUUUCCCAUCAAUUCAACAAAAAGAAAAGUACAAAAACAAAAGUUUCUUCAAAUAUAAAAGAAAUUAUUUUGUAUUUUUACUCCUAGAAAAUCAAAAUUAUUUUGUAAUUAACCCACUCCCAUCGUUUUCCACAGGAAGAAAAAAAAUGAAAAAAAAAAAAACCCGCUCCCAUCAUCAUCACCGCCAUACCAAACAAGCUAACCACUGCCAGAUUCCAUACGAUAAAAGGCCCAAAAAGCACAAUUUAAAAAUUACCUUUUAUUUAAUUACUCAAGUUCCGCCGUAGCCCACCAUUUUUGUCCACCACCAUCACCACUUCUUUUUGGGCAAAAGAUACUCAACUCGUUACUCGUUCAUUGAUGACGAUAGACGUUUUUACCCAAUCUCGUUUUUGACUCGAACCAAAAUGGCCGUAGAUGCAUCUGAACCAACUCCGAUUUCUCCGGCUCCGGCUGCCGGGACCCAGGCAAGAACCACCACCCAAUCUCCUCGGCGUCCGUCUCCUCGUUCUCCCUUCUCCAGAACACCUACCAAAUUCUCCUCCUCAAUUCCUUCAACCAGCGACGGAGUCACCGGCAACAGCUUCUCUUCCGGUUCCGGCUACCGGCUCGACUCGUCGGCCGACACAACUUCCGCAUCUAGCCAUACUUCUCUCUCCAGCCUUCGUCUCUCGCUUCCGGAACACGCUUAUAUCUACGAUUUCUCCGAAAUCCGAUCAGCUACCAACAAUUUCUUAGCCAAACGAUACUCAAGUUCUUCUUCGUCAUCCCAAUCAUGGCGGUGCGAAUUAAACGGAAAGGACGUCAUCAUCUUCCAGAGGAAGAUCCACAAAGUAAUCCACGACUCGGAGCUCAAAUCCAAAUUGUCAAUUCUCUGCCGGAGCCACCAUUCGAGCAUAAUCAAACUUCUAGGCGCUUCCAUCUCGAAAGAUCACAUUUACUUGGUUUACGAGUUCGUCGGCGGUUCGAACCUCGCCGUAUGCCUCCGGAAUCCCCUGAACCCCAAUUUCACCGUGCUUUCCACCUGGAUGUCCCGGAUGCAAAUCGCCACCGAUUUAGCUCACGGAUUGGACUAUAUUCACAACACCGCCGGAUUCACAAUCAGUUUGGUCCAUAAGCACGUGAAGAGCAGCGGAAUUAUCAUCACCGAACCUUCGUUGAAUGCGCGGAUUUGCCAUUUCGGAGCCGCCGAGCUCUGCUCCGAGACAGGGACCGACGACGGCGAGAUCGCGGCGGAGUAUCCGGAAUUGAGGAGGUCGGAGAGUAGAGGAAGGCAAUUCGAAGGCGUGAGAGGAUACAUGUCGCCGGAAUUUAAGUCGACCGGCAUCGCCACCGAGAAAUCUGAUGUGUACGCUUUCGGCGUCGUGAUUUUGGAGCUUUUGUCCGGAGAGGAGCCUCUCAAGUAUAAAUAUGAUAGAGCGAGCGGUGAAUAUCGGAAAAUGAGCAUAAUUGAUACGGCUAGGGAGGCGGUUGACGGCGGCGAUGCGGUGGAGGGAAGGCUGAGGAGGUGGAUGGACGGGCGGUUGAGGGAUUCGUUUCCGGUAGAUGUGGCGGAGAAGUUGACACGUCUGGUGUUGGAUUGCGUGCGCGAGGAUCCGAAUGACAGACCCGAUAUGAGACGGGUUGCGGGUAAAAUAUCGAAGCUGUACCUCGAGUCUAAAAUGUGGUCGGACCGAGUAAACGUGCCGUCAGAUUUUACGGUGUCAUUUGCUCCUCGAUGACGGAAUUAACCAUUUCUAAGUGGCAGGGGGUUCAAAGAUGAAGAGUUAAAAUGGAAAGCGCAACACAAAGGGGUAGCAAAUAUCCGAUUUGGAUAGAUUAUGGUGAUAGGCUGAUAGCAAAGACAAUUUCAGCAAGGACCAGAGAAGUCAGAAGAAAAUGUUGAAAGUAAACAUGCCUAAUAAUUAUGAUAAAAACGAUCACAUUUCUAAUUUGGUCAAGUCAAAAGAAAAGAUUAAUAAUUAUGUCAAUUUUUUUUGGCCUAUAGACAUACAAAAGUUUAGGAUUUGUUUGACUGCGUACAUCUAAUUUUUUAUUUUGGGAGUUUAUGUGUUGAAAUCGCCCAAGAUCGUCUUUGGAGUUUCGACAGCCAAAAUGUAAAAUAUGUUUUCG